AUGAACAUUUUGAACAGUCAGCCGCAGGAAGUCUUCUAUCUUGAUAUUAAAAAGAAUGUUAAACAGUUAUCUCGUUCAAAGUCUACCAAUCCUCCUACAAAAAAGGGAUCAAACAAUAGCUUGAUACGUCGUAAUUCAAGUAAUGAUACUAUACUAGGGCAACAAAACCUUCCAGAUAUGAAUCCUUCAAACAAUGAUAGCAAUGAUUCAGAGAUUCCAAGUAUUACAAUAGUUUCUUAUGAAUCCUCAUGUGAUACGAGUAAAGAUGAAACAGAAAUAAUAACUCCCUCAAUUUCUAUUCCUCCCGAUAAUGAAAUUUCAUCCGAAAAUUCGAAUCCCGUGUAUUUAAACGACGAUGUUAAAUCACAAAGGCGUCAUAUACGUUCUGGUUCUGCCCCAAAUGUUCACACUCUUUUAUUUAAAGAGCAAACUGAUGAUCUGAAAUAUAAAAAAAACACGAUACCUUCUGCAAGCUCAAUGGUUCAUUUGCCUGAUUCCAGAAGAGACACCGUUUUCCUAAAUAAUUCUUAUAAAGAAACGCCACAACAAUACCUUGAUAAAUUACGUGAUACUCUAUCUAAAUCAGAAUUGGCAACGUUGCUCACUAAAAGUAAAGAUGUAUUUCAUGAAACUGUGUUACGAACUUACAUGGAAACUUUUGAUUUCACCAGAGAUCCGGUUGAUAUCGCUUUAAGGAAAUUCCUUAUGGAUUGUCACCUGCCGAAAGAAACACAGCAAAUUGAUCGCGUAAUGGAAGCUUUUGCAAAGCGAUAUCAUGAAUGUAAUCCAGAUUUAUUUCCCUCUUCGGAUACCGCAUAUGUUCUUGCGUUCUCAAUGUUAAUGCUUCAUACUGAUGCAUUUAACAAGAGCGUAAAGCGAAAGAUGACAAAGGAAGAAUUUGUAAAGAAUACAAAGAUCGAUGGAAUUCCUCCAGAGAUAUUGGAGAUCCUUUAUGAUAAUAUCACGUUCACGCGAUUUAUUUAUGCUGAUGACGACGUAGAUGUUAAUGGACAGACCAUGCUUUCUUCCUCUCAUAAAUCCCGUCAUUCAAUAAUAUUUGGAUUACUGGAUCGUUCUUCGUGCUUCAAGAAUGAUCCUUACUUUGUCAUCAAACAUAAAAUUCGAACCGACUACACCCCAUCGAUUGAACAUAUUGUUCCGUCGGAAAAUCCUUUUUCAUAUAAAGGAACACUUCCUGAAUUUGACACAGUUGGUAUUCAUCGCGCAUUUACAACGGCUCAUACUAUUCGGAUCACGGGAGUGAGGACCCAACGGAAUAGUGAAACAUUCAAUCAAAUAUCGUCUUCAAUACACCCUUUGGGUGAUGAUGAAGGGUCAUUUCUUCUUAAAAUUACCAAAGCUGGAAAAUUAAGUCGUAAAGUUGAUUUAUCAGAAGGAAAAAAAUCUGGAGUUAUAAGAAGUUGGAGUCAAUAUGGUAUGAUUUUAAGUGGAAGUCAGAUAAUGAUGUUUAAGGAUGAUGAUUGGUUCAAUUCUAAAAUUUCCGAUUUGAAAGAUCCAUCGAAGUCAACAAUAUUACCUACAUUAAAACCGGAUAUGAUCCUGAUGACUUCAGAUUCGGUUGCUUUACAUGAUAAAAGCUAUACAAAAUAUAAACAUGUAUUCCGUCUAGUAUGUCCAAAAGGCAAUCAGUAUCUUUUCCAAGCUGAAAACGAAGUCGAAAUGAAUGAUUGGAUUACAAAGAUAAAUUACGCGGCCACCUUUAAAACUGUGGGAUUGAAAAUGAGACAUACAAGGAGUAGCAGUUUAAAUCAUAAUAAAAGUUUAAGCACUGAGAGUGGAACACCAAAAAGGCAUACGUUCUUACAAUCAUUUUUUAAUUAUCAACAAAGUUGUAAUGAUGAUAAUAAAAUUAAUGAUGCUCACAGCAGGGCCGAAGUUUUGAAAGCAAAGAUUGAAGAACUUGAAGGAAAAAUCAAAAUGUUGAGGUCACAAUUUGAAACUGAUAUUCGAUUUAGAAAUAAUUUGAUAAUAAUGAUUCCAUAUAAAGCAAUAACGAGGGAUAGGAUGAUUCAGGUGGCAACGGAAUUGGGAAAAAGAAUAAGAGCAACAUCUUUAGAAUUAAGCAGGUUAGAUUGUUAUAAUGAAAUUCUGGAAAAAGAUUUAUAUUCAACGACUAUCGGAGACAAUUUUUAUUGGCAAAACGGAAGUAUCAAUAAUAAUCACGGUCAUAACCGUCUUUCGCAUAUCGUUACCUCUAGAAAAAAACAUCAUCGUCGUAGUAAAACUCAUUCAAAAUAUUAUACGAGUGCAGCAUCAGAUGAUGAUGUCAAUAUUAAAGUCAGACCAGUCACCUUUGGCUCGUUUCACCAUGAAUGA